GCAUCUUUACGACACUUAGAAUUCCUCCGAGCUUUCCUGCUCAUUUCUGCUAUUGAUUUUUUAUUUGAAGAUGGGAAUUUGGGAAUAUACUCUUUAUUUCACUACCACAACUUGCUUAUGGAGUGUGACACUUCAGGGAGAGCAUCAGAGAAGACUUUACAGAGAUCUGAUGAAAGAUUAUAACCCACUGGAGAGACCCGUGUUUAAUGACACUCACUCCCUCACUGUGUAUUUCAGCUUCAGUCUCAUGCAGAUUAUGGAUGUGGAUGAGAAGAAUCAAGUACUUACAACCAACAUUUGGUUACAGCUGUACUGGUAUGACUACUAUCUUCAGUGGAACACCUCUAGAUAUCCCGGUGUGGCGAGUGUAAGAUUCCCUGAUAGUCAGAUCUGGAAGCCUGACAUCUUACUGUAUAACAGUGCUGAUGAAAGGUUUGAUGCCACCUUUCAUACUAAUGUGCUGGUGAACUCGUCUGGUGCCUGCCAGUAUCUACCGCCAGGGAUAUUCAAAAGCACCUGCUACAUCGAUGUCCGCUGGUUCCCUUUUGAUGUUCAGAGGUGUGAUUUGAAGUUUGGCUCCUGGACGUAUGGAGGAUGGUCUCUGGAUCUGCAGAUGAUUGAGGCGGACAUCACAGGAUAUAUCGCCAAUGGAGAGUGGGACCUCGUUGAGGUUCCAGGUCGGCGGAAUGAGAGAUUCUAUGACUGUUGUAAGGAGCCAUACCCAGAUGUGACAUUUACAGUUGUAAUGCGGAGACGGACACUGUACUAUGGUCUGAAUCUGCUCAUCCCCUGUGUGCUUAUCUCUACACUGGCCCUGCUGGUCUUUCUGUUGCCUGCUGACUCAGGAGAGAAGAUCUCUCUCGGGAUCACUGUCCUGCUCUCAUUGACAGUUUUUAUGCUUCUGGUAGCAGAGAUAAUGCCAGCAACAUCAGAUUCUGUGCCUUUAAUAGCCCAGUAUUUUGCCACCACCAUGGUUAUUGUUGGAUUGUCUGUGAUAGCUACAGUCUGGGUAUUACAAUACCACUACCAUGAUCCUGAUGGAGGAAAAAUGCCGAAAUGGACACGAGUGGUGCUGUUAAACUGGUGUGCGUGGUUCCUGCGGAUGAAGAGGCCCGGCGAGGAUAAAGUUCGCUCAGCUUGCCACAACACAAAGCCACGCAGCAGCCUCUCCAGUGUGGAUCUGAACAUCAGCACAGGAGCAGCUCAAUCCACCAACGGAAACCUGCUGUACAUCGGCUUCCGUGGAUUGGACACUAUUCACUACGCCGCUUCACCAGACUCAGGGGUCAUCUGCAGUCGACUUGUUGGCACAGGUGAGGAGGAUAUGCUUCUCCCUGGGGCUCAGGCGCCCUCCGUAAGCAGUGGUCAUGGAGAUAGUGAACUGUCCAAAAUCUUGGAAGAGGUUCGGUACAUUGCCAAACACUUUCGGGACCAGGAUGAAGAAGAGACUGUGUGUAAUGAGUGGAAGUUUGCUGCAUCUGUCAUCGAUCGUCUUUGUCUCAUGGCCUUUUCUCUGUUCACCAUCCUCUGUACCAUUGGCAUCUUAAUGUCAGCCCCCAACUUUGUAGAGGCCAUAUCUAAAGAUUUCUUCAACUGAGGCAUUUGCACGCCCUAUAUGUAGUUAGUUCUUACUUCUUAGAGUGUGUUGUAAUAUAUGUAACAAUACAUUUCAUUAAUAAAUAUUAUUUCUCUAAAAUUGAUGUAGAGAGGUCACACUGAAUUCAGCUUAAAUGAAAAUUCUGUCAUCAUUAACUCACCCACAUGUCCUUCCGAACCUGUUUGACUCCCUUUCUUCCAUAGAACACAAAAGGAGAUGUUUAGCAUAAUGCUUCAAGCUUCAAAAAGGAUACAAAAGUACCAUAAAAGCAGUAUCAAAAGUUCAUGGUUCAUAUGAUUUGUGCACAAUAAGUCUUCUGAAGUCAUAAGAUCCAGUAGCUUUGUGUGAGAAAGUAACCAAAGUCAUGAUGGUGCUUUUGUGUCCUUUUUGAAGCUUGAAAGCUCCAGUCUCCACCCAGUAUGCAGGGUUUGGAAUGACAUGAGGGUGUGAAAAUGAUGACAGAAUUGUAUUUUUAGGUGAACUUUCCCUUUAAAGUGUGCACCAAAAGACAGAACUGUAACCUUCUGAGCACUUUAUAAAUGUGGAUAAAAUAAUUCUAGUCUUUUUUGUGUUGUUUUUUAGUCCUAUUCACAGAAGAAAUAUGUACCAGUGAAUUUCUGUAUUGUUAUAUGUCCUAUCUUUUUUGAUCUGUGGUAAUCACUGUAGUCUGUCAUACUCAAAUUACUUAGCUGAACAUUUCCAUGCAUAUUCAUUUUGAACCGCAGGUAAAUCAGUCAGUGUACAGUAUGUGAUAUCAUUAGAAGUGGAGAUUUUUUUCUUUUAAAAUAUUGCUGUAUAUUAACAAAUAAACAUAUUUUUG